AUGCGACUUCUUUCAACAGUCUCGACACAUGUUAGAGCAACAACAGGAUUUGAAGAGUAUGGCGUUGAUUUCACGGAUUACCUUCGCAUGAAGACGUCCAGCUUGGACAUCUUGAGUUCUGUCACUCUUAAUGGUGUUUGCAAGAUGGUCGAGUUCAUUCAUAUCCGUCAUUUUGCCGCCAGGAAUAUUAUGGUACCGUUUUGGCAAGAAAUUGGAGUGCAAUUAUUACAUACCGACAGCAGCAAAACAAGAUGCAAUGACUUCACGGCAAGCGCUGGCAGUGUCUCGUCUGAAAAUAACUUUAACGCCUACGGACCAGCAUAUAAUGUCAACUUUAGAGGUAUGGUGAUAACAGACCAUGUAAUAUCUACCCAUUAUGUCUCAUCCCCACUGGAUUGCAGUUUCCAGUGCACCUCCACACACACCUGUCUAUCCUACAACUACAAACACAGAGGGAUUGGUGCCGAGGAUGUCUGUCAGCUAAAUAACGCCACAAGGAAAACCGCCCAGGGCUCUUAUAAAGUAGACGUCGACUUUGUACACUACUUCGACCAAUCUGAGAAUUUCAAGUCGUGUCUUGAUUAUCUCCGAAAUGGAGCCAUAGAGAAUGGUAUCUACGCCAUUAAAGACACCAAUGGAGACUCCUUUAAAGUCUACUGUGAUUUCACCACCGAGCCUCGGUCAGCUUGGACCUUGAUUCACUCAUUUGCCCUUAAAAACAAACAUAUGGCUGCAUUUAGUUCGGGGUGUUUUGGAUCAAACCUACCAGUAGAUGAAAACUCUCCCAACUGGCAAGCUUACCGUUUGAGUCUSGMAARGAUGCGACUUCUUUCAACAGUCUCGACACAYGUUAGAGCAACAACAGGAUUUGAAGAGUAUGGCGUUGAUUUCACGGAUUACCUUCGCAUGAAGACGUCCAGCUUGGACAUCUUGAGUUCUGUCACUCUUCAUGGUGUUUGCAAGAUGGUCGAGUUCAUUCAUAUCCGUCAUUUUGCUGCCAGGAAUAUUAUGGUACCAUUUUGGCAUGAAGUUAACCGAUACGCAUUGCAUGUCGACAGCAGUUUUACUGGCCAUUGCAGUCAAUUUGCAGCUGCAAGUGUUGGCAGCGUUCAUUCGGAAGAUAACUUUGGCCUCUACGGAAACGUGAAUCGUAAUUUUAGGGGGACAAAAAACGCAGAGAGUACAACGCAGUGGUGGUUUGGGGGUUAUUUGUAAACCAGAUUUUUUUAGAUCACGUGUGCUAGAGUAGUUAACAGUAGUUGAUCAGAAUACGCAAAGCCAUCAAUUCAUGUUUUUGUGCUUUAUUGACAAAUUUACAUAUUUAGAGCUAGAAAUCAUGUUUUCUUGCUAUUUAGAAAUAAUUGAAGUAUAUUCUCAUUGUUUAAUAGAUUGUAUUUAUCUGCUAUUUCUUCAUCAAAAAACAGCCAAAGGUUUUCAAUGCAAAUUGUGAUCAUUGUUGAAGGUCAGCUUCCUUCUUCAUGCGUCCUUCUGACGUAAUAUAAACUUCCCCAUGGACGAAGACAGCAAAAACGUCUGAAUGUACUAUCAGUUUUAUGCUCGAGUUAUUUAUAAACAGGACAUUUCUCUGGUCACACCCAUAUAAAACACUUACAAUGAAUAUACACAACAUUAUACAGCGAUUUUUAACGCUUUCUAAAAUGACAACGUUUUCGCAAGUAGGUGUAUUGGACAGAAUUGCCCUAUCGCAAUAUUACGUCACAAAAACAUCCUAUUGUUUAGCGCUAUGCCUUAUGAUCGCCAAAGGGGGAGAGGGAAUAACUCCAAAACAAAGAAAAUGCACACUUGCCAUGCAGUCUCCGAAGUUUUUUGAAAUAGGUGUAUAUCAAACCUAGAUAAAAUUAUCGAGAAACAGAAUAUUAGAAGGUCAGCAGUACUCCCACUGUAACCAUGCUGUGACGUCAUAAUGCUUUUAGGUCAAUUGGUUCCACCUCAAAUAGUAUUGUUAAUUGUAUAGAACAAUAUAUGCCUAUUUAAGUAUUUGGAACAGAACUGUUUAUGUUUCCUUUGUCAGAUAAGUAACUGGUACGUAAUGAUAUGUUUCCCUUGAGUACAGUAUUCUGUUCUUAGUAGUUCGUAAUAUGUAAAUUCGUUUAGUUUUCAUGUUGUASUCAAGCCGUGUAAYUCACCGACAAGGUAAAUUGAAUUGUAUUUCUAUAUUUUAUUUCUUGUAACCUGUAGUUAGUAGUGUGGCUUUGUAAUGUACCGUAUUAGACCGUAUACUUAA